GGGGACGAGUGGAGAUGCUCUAACACCCGAGCUCCAACACCUGGACCCGGCCGGUUCUUCGCGCCACCUCCCCCGGGAUCGGGCUCGGCCAUGGCGUCUUCCUCGGCGCUGGUAACCGGGGAGCGGCUCGUCGUCUUCCUCUUCGCCGCACGCGUCGCGGUCGCCGCCCCGGCCCACCUCGCGGCCCCGCUCGCGCUCCUCGCCGCGGCCGCCCUCGCGGUCGACCUCGCCGUCGACCGCUCCGCCUCCGCCCCUUCCUCCCCGCUCCAAAGGUUCAGGACGAGGCCAGGUGCUUCGUCAGGCAUUCUUCUUGGCGCUACUACUCUGCCCUGUGUCAUGCUUGCACGGUUAAUCCAACUUUUGAGGAUCUUACCGACAGAUCCUAAUGGGCCAGAAGAAUUUGCAUACCUCGAAAUGCAGUACUGGGCGGUAUCUAUCAGUUGCCUCAGUGUGCUAGCUUCAUUCCUUUGGCAUCUACGCCAGUCUGCCAACAAUGGAGUUUCUAAAACUUUGAAAUGUGGUUCAUUGAUCGUAGUUUUAUAUGUCAUGACAUUAUUAUUUUUCCUACUGAAGACUGAUGGAGGUCUGUUGAUGGCAAAAAAUGGGUAUUUACUCGUUCAUGGUGUGGCUGCUGUGAUCUUAAUGAAGCACAUCCUAGAGAAGUUCCCUUCAUGUUCAUCUUUUGGGGAGGCACUUUUGGUAUCAAGUGGCCUCGCCCUUUACUUUGGUGAUAUGCUGGCCCAUACUCUUUCAAAGAUGGAGUUUUCUGCAUCAUCAGAAGCACUCAUUCACACGCCUAGAACUCGAAGCGAGAUAGCCACAGUUAUUCAGGGGAUUUUGCUUGGACUUUUUCUACUUCCCUUGUUGUGCAAAUGUUCUCUUCAAGUUUGGGUUUACUUUAAAACACUGGGGAAGCAAAGGACACAAGCAGUUGAGAAGCAUGCAGAAAAAAGAAUAGGUUCUGUUGUAUUUUAUGUCUCAUUGUUGGUGGUAUUGCUGAUGUUAGUGCCAUCAUGGACACACCUUGUUCAGGGUCUCGAAGUGCAUCCGUUUGUCUGGGUUCUUAACUAUAUGUUCACCAAUUCACAUGAACGUCUCGCAUUAUGUGCAUACUGGAUAUGUGUGAUAUUUGUAUCUGUUAAAAAAUUCUACAGUAUAUCAAAGCGAAGCAAAACAGAAAGGAUUCUUUUGCGCAAGUACUAUCAUCUUGUUGCUGUCCUGAUUUUCUCUCCUGCUGUUAUAUUUCAGCCUGCUUUCUUGGACUUGGCAUUUGGUGCAGCGUUUGCAGUUUUCUUAAUACUAGAGAUGAUUCGUGUUUGGGAAGUAUAUCCUCUUGGGCAUACUGUACAUCAAUUCAUGAACGCCUUCACUGACCAUCGUGAUUCUGAGAUUCUCAUUAUUAGUCAUUUCUCACUCUUGCUGGGCUGUGCGCUUCCUAAAUGGAUGUCAUCUGGAUUCAAUGACCGGCCACUUGCCCCUUUUGCUGGAAUUCUCAGCUUGGGAAUAGGUGAUACCAUGGCAUCAAUGAUAGGGUACAAGUAUGGUGUCCUAAGAUGGAGCAAAACAGGAAAGAAAACAAUUGAAGGCACGGCAGCAGGCAUAACCUCUGUACUGGCAGCCUGCUCAAUUCUGGUAUCACUCUUAGCUUCAAGUGGAUACAUUCUUUCACAGCACUGGGUGUCACUUUCGGUAGCCGUGAUAUUAAGCUUAUUAUUGGAAGCAUAUACGACACAGCUCGAUAAUGCUUUCAUACCCCUCGUGUUCUAUAGUCUUCUCUGUCUAUAAAUUAAGAGUAACAUAUUGUACAUCUAACUGACCGUGAGGUCCUCCUUUUUGCUUACUAAUAUAGAGCACAGCAAGGCAAUAGGUAUAGUCAUCUGGCCUAUGUGCUUCUUUGUACCAUCUCCGGCUAGAAAUAGCUGGUUUAGUUAUAGGAUAUGUUUUUUUUUUUUUUUUUGAAUUAGCGAAUAUUCCCUCCGGUCUGAAAUAAUCGACGCGUCACAGUACCUGCCCCCUGUGUAUUUCCUGUCUGAGGGCGCGUCAAUUUAAUGCUACCAGAGGGAGUAUUUCAGUACAUGGCAUCUUUUUUUUUUUUGAGAUGCAGUACAUGGCAUCUUUGAUAUACUUGAUUGUGACUUCUAAGGUGUAAUUGUGACAAAUUAUUCCAAAGUGGUUCCAUUCCAUCA